AACAACGUUGGAGGACGCCGAAGCAGCCCUGCUCCUCUGACACUCCGUCUAGUUUUCUGAGUAAGAUUUUGCAUUGAGAAUUAAGAAGAUGCCCGAGACGAGCGAGCGACAGAGACUAGCAGAAGUCAUCAGACAGUGGAAUAGCAACAGACUGGAUUUGUUUGAAAUCAGCCAACCUGAUGAGAACCUGGUAUUCUACGGUGUGAUCCGAUUCUACCUUGAGGAUAACGCAGAGGGAAGAGUGGCUACAAAGUGUGUACGCGUUUGCAGCAGUUCAUCAGUUCAAGAGGUCAUCGAAACUCUUUCGGAGAAAUUCAGGCCUGAUAUGAAAAUGCUGUCAACAAGUUAUUCAUUAUAUGAGAUCCACGGAGAUAAAGAGCGUAAGUUGGAUCUAGACGAGAAACCUUUGGUUUUACAACUGAGCUGGACGUCAAACAACCGAGAAGGACAAUUUGUGCUCAAAAAGGAUCAUGGCAGUUUGGAGGAAAGUUGUCAUGAGAAGGAAAAAGGAGGUGUUCUUCAAACCUUUAGGAGGACACUAUCAAGAAAAGGGAAAAAGAAAGAGAAAAACCAAACCAAAGGAGCUGAAAAGGCAUCAAGGGAUGAGAAUGGAUCAGCUGAAGAUCUGCUGAGCAACGCCUGUUUGUUCGGCCUUGAGUCUCUAAGAGAUUGCAAAGAAAGGAAAAUAAAUCAGAUCCUAGAAGAUCCUUUGGAUCAGUCUGGAUUACCCAUUAGAAUUAAGUUUGAUGGUGAUGCUGAGGAGACCUUCCUAUGCUCCGUCAUAAACGACACCAGCAGCUCCACUGUACAUUUCAAGCUGCUGCCUGCGUACAUCCUGUAUGCUGCGAGUCGCUUUGCCCUGCAGCGCCACAACAACAGCGGCUCUCCACCUUCCCCGAACACACACCCUGUAACGGCUAUCACAAACAAAAUGGCUGCCAUGAUUGGGAAGGUCAUUCAGAGGCAGCAGGCCAUCGCUGGAGCUCUUUCCUUCUGGAUGGCCAAUUCAUCUGAGCUGCUGAACUUUCUGAAGCAUGACAAAGACCUCAGUCAGUUCACAAAGCAAAGUCAGCUGGAUCUGUCCCAUCAGGUUCAAAAUGCCUACAGCUUCCUGCUACAUUGCCUGCAGAGGGAGUUGAUUAAGCACUUGCCAACUUUUCUCAUUGAUCCGGAGCAACACGGUGCUCUACCGGCUGGUAUAGAGAUGGUGUUGGACACCUUGAUGAAUGCCAUGUCUCUUCUACGCCGGUGUCGGGUUAACCCGGCCCUAACUAUCCAGCUCUUCUCCCAGCUUUUUCAUUUCAUCAGUGCUUGGCUUUUUAACCAGUUCAUAGCACCAGAAACCAUGACUCCAGGACUGCGCUCUCACUACUGGGGGUCUGCACUGCGUCAGAGGCUAACAGCCAUUGAGGCCUGGGCAGAGAGGCAGGGCUUAGAGCUGGCUGCCGACUGCCACCUGAGCCACAUAAUACAGGCGACCACUCUUCUGACAAUGAAAAAGUACUCAGUGCUGGAUGCUAAGGACAUUCAGAGCUCCUGUUUCAAGCUGAACUCCCUGCAGCUGCAGAUGUUGAUGGCUGGCUACCUCUGUGGAACCAAUGAGCCUCAGAUUCCCCUUGAUUUGAUGGAUGCCGCGGUGAAGGCUGCCGAGGCCUCGGCCGAUAACCUGAUUCACAGUGAAGGACGAGAAAUCCGGUUGGAGGAGAGGCUCAAUCUGCUCCUGCCUUUCCUGUUGCCGGAGGGAGGAUAUUCCUGUGACACAGUGAGAGGAAUCCCUCAGGGGCUCGCAGAGUUUUUGGAGCCAAUAUGUCAGAAAGGGCUCUGCUGUUUGACCUUUGUGCCUCGUUCCCAAGGAGACUGGACAGCACACUUUGGUGAACGAACAAAUAGAGAUGGGGAUUUAUACUUGGAAGCACACAGACAACCUGAGAUUGUGAACAUCACUUUGCAUAAGCCUUUGAAUAGUGGGAUGGGAGUCAGUAUAGUAGCAGCCAAGGGAGCAGGCCAGAGUCACCUCGGGAUUUAUAUUAAAUCUGUUGUCAAGGGAGGACCGGCCGAAAUGGACGGGAGCUUAGCAGCUGGAGAUCAGCUGCUCAGUGUGGACGGUCACAGCCUGGUUGGACUCAGCCAAGACAGGGCAGCAGCGAUAAUGAUGCAAACUGGACCUGUAGUGACCCUAAAGGUGGAAAAGUUUGCGGCGAGCUUCCAUGGCCUCUGGGAACUACUGAAGGAAACGUCCCCAGAAAACAGAACAAGCAAGAACCAUUUAGGAAUGGGUGAUGGAGAACAGAGGAAGCUAAACAACGGGGGGUGGACGCUGCACUGCGUUGUGGAUGGCAGCCCCUCAGAGAGGCUCCAUGGAGGCAGCAAAAGAAAGAAAGACCAGAGGAUGCAGAAAAACCGCCAGCUGUACCGUUCCAACCCUAACAUGACCGCAGGCUUUAGCCUGGAGGAUGGAGGGGAACACGGUGUCCCCAAUGGGAGAGGAAACAACUCUGCAUCCGUUUCAAGCAUCAACCUUUGCACUGAUACCCUUUGCAGGGAAUAUCAGACCCUACCGAACCCCAAGUCGAAGGAGAAGUCGCCCUUUGAGUCAAACCAACCAACAGCUGUGACUCCUUUGAAUGAGCAGAGCUCCAGUAGGAGGAGCUUCAUGAGACAUCAGCAGCUGAAUUUCAAUUGUUCUCCCAUUAAGCGUCAGGCCAUGUCUGAGGAGAACCUGUGUACGGAUACUGGAGGCCCCCUGCUGGACCAAAGGCAGAACACAUGUGCGCAGAGGAACCACAAUUCAAAACAGUUAACAAGCUCCUGCUCAUCUUUCCCUGUUCGCUCAAGCGUUUCCACACAUGACAUCCUCUCUGAUGGCAGCGGCUCUACCAAACAGCUGCAAGGAACCCGUCCCAGUCCUGCCGGCGUCUGGAGAAUCCCUUUUACACAGCAGUCCACACCGACACCAUCAGUCCAACCAAUGCGCAUCGACAUCCCCAUCACCGGAGCCAGGAGCACACAGUCAAACCCUCCCCUCACUACCUUCCAGCAGAGCUCUGCUGGGCUUCAGGUGAAGAUGAACCAGGUUCAUAAAGCCAGCGAACAGCAAAUAAAUUCUCCAAACCAAGCAGCUCAUAUCUACGCUCGUCCUUUAUCAGCUCCUGAGAAGCUUCUUCAGCCCUCAGCUCUUUGGCAGCAGCAGAGAUCCAUCCUAUGCGGAGAUAAAGUAGAAAAACCCCAAGUGAGCAUCACUCCAACCAAACACGUUUCUUUCCAAGAGCCUCAGUCUAAGCAGAAGAGCUCAGGCCUUGCAAAGAAAAAAGAUCCCCAAGCACUGUGUGAUCCCUGGAGGAGGGAAGCCCAGGAGAUGCUGGAGAAGCGGCAGAGACUAAAGGCCGUGGAGCUUCUGGAGCAGGAGGCGCAGCAGCUUCGAGCAAAAGACAAAAGGAGCGCAGAAGAGAAUGACAGACUGAGGAAGCUUGACCUGGAGUGGCAGUUUCAGAAGAGGCUGCAGGAGGUUCAACAGAGAGAUGAAGAAGAGGAGGAGGAAGAUCUGGACAUGAUGGUGAUCCUGCAGCAGCUGGGGGACAGGACGCCAAUUAACAAGGAAAAGAUCAAAUCUGUAGGAAAUGACAACAGAGAACAAAACCAGGAGAAGCAAGCAGGAAAUCAGCUUUUCAACCGGCAAGAACAGAAACGAGAUCAAAGAAAAAAGGGUCUGAACAACUUCGCUCCAGAUGAGAACCUGGAGGGAAACAUGAGCAGGGCGUCUGCUCCUGAGAAGCUGACAUUCAGAGAGCGUCAGCGUCUUUUCUCACUGACAACAAGUGCAUAAACUAAGUUUCCUGUUUUUUUUUUUAUAUAAAAAAUGAACUUUCAUUUUGAAACAGACAAAAAAAAAGCAUCUUGAAAAAAUGUUGUCAAAUUACAAAGAUAAAGUUCAUUAAACUUUAACAAGAUUUUAUGUGAUAGACUAACAUAAGGGUAAACAAACAAUUUAGAAAUGCAUCUACAUUUUAGAUGAUUAAUUCCAGGGCAGU